GCACCAGUAUUCCAGAUGUUGGCUUCCCAUGCUGUUAUUUGCACUGACCCUCAUUGCGAUUGGUCCAUGUCUAUCCCUGGAGGCCGUGCCAAACCAAUGGGAGUGCGCGUUAUCGCACCCGGAGACGGCGUUGCCUGUGGUGGAAAGUUUAAAAGAGGGUGUGUGUCCUGCUGUCCCUCAGCAGAAGCAUCAAUCAACAUGAUCCCCAUUGUGCUGGCCUCAGUGCUCAUUGCUAGCGCCCUUGGGUGCGGCACCCCACCCAUUGAGCCCCUGACUUCCCGUGUGGUCAAUGGAGUAGAUGCCAAGCCCCACAGCUGGCCCUGGCAGAUUUCUCUGCAGUAUGAGAGGGAUGGUGUGUGGAGGCACACUUGUGGGGGAUCUCUGAUCGCUGCCAACUGGGUCAUGACUGCUGCUCACUGCAUCAACUCCAAGCUGUCCUACAGGGUGUUCGUGGGCAAAUACAACCUGGUCGAGGAGGAGGCUGGCUCCAAGGCCAUCCUGCCUGAGAAGAUUGUUGUGCAUGAGAAAUGGAAUCCCAUCUUUGUGGCCUUCGGUAACGAUAUUGCCAUGAUCAAGCUGUCAGAGCCUGUGACUCUGAGUGACCAGGUACAGCUGGCGUGUAUUCCUCCUGCUGGCACUUUGCUGGCCAACCUCUACCCUUGCUACAUCACCGGAUGGGGCAGGCUGUACACUGGAGGCCCCAUUGCUGAUAAGCUGCAGCAGGCUUUGAUGCCUGUGGCUGACCAUGCCACCUGCUCCCAGCCUGACUGGUGGGGUAUCGCUGUCAGGACCACCAUGGUGUGUGCCGGCGGGGAUGGAAUUGUGGCUGGAUGCAACGGCGACUCUGGCGGCCCUCUGAACUGUAAGAACAGUGAGGGUGUCUGGGAGGUUCAUGGUAUUGCCAGCUUUGUCUCUGGCCUUGGCUGCAACUAUGUGAAGAAACCCACCGUCUUCACCAGAGUCUCCGCUUUUAACGACUGGAUCGACCAGGUUAUGAUGAACAACUAAAGAAGAUGAAGCGUCAAUAAAAAAGACUCAGCAAACUCCA